GGGACACUAUAUUCCAGAAAGCUCUAUCCUUGCUGUUACAUUCUCUGCUGAUGAGUCACCCAGGCAGAGGAUUGGAAGCUCUCUCUAUAUAUAACCACAGCAUCUCAGGCUCUCCUGCAUAGUGUGUGUCUCUCUGUGCUGAUUCCAGUAACCAGUCAGUCCAUCAGCAUCCAGGUAAGGGAUCAAUAGCUUACUGGCUGUUUGAGAUUCCAAUAUAAUAAGAAUAAUAGGAAGAAGAAUAAUUUAUGAUCAUAGCUUUUUUUUUUUACCAGAAAAGGUACAUUUAGUUAUUGCCUGUUUUAUAUAAACCAGAGGCUAUAUUUUAUUAUUACCCAAAUCAAUGUUAUUCAAGAUAAACUGAAAGAGCGACUUCCAGUGAGGCCCAUCACUCUCUUACCCUUGUGGACCAUAUUUAGCAAUAUUUAUUUUAUCUCAGAAUCCUUAGUAAUGGUGUAUUUUAGUAAUAUGUGUUUUUCUAUCCACCCUAACUAUGUGACCCACUGAUUGUCAUUAAGGAGUCUAAGCUUCCAAAGUAACAUUCCGGUUUUAACCCCUUAAGGACACAUGACAUGUGUGACAUGUCAUGAUUCCCUUUUAUUCCAGAAGUUUGGUCCUUAAGGGGUUAAAGGUGAAUUUUACAUUUUAAGCCACCAUGAAUAGAACUAAAACAAAUUAUUUACGCAGGCUGAUUUCUAAAUUCAUUAAAUCCAGACAGAAAACUUGGAUAUUGGAAACAAUUCACCUAAUUCUUUCCUAAAAUGUUACGUUUACUUUGCAGUUCCAUUAAUAACCCAGCCAAUGGCUGUGGCACACGUAGGGUUAACAUUGAUCGAAUAAAAUAAUUACCAAAUGAUAUGUGAUUCAUUCAGAUAGAAUUAUUUAGGAGUUUAUCUGCUAAACAUUGAACUGCGCUCAUACUAACCCACUUCCAACAUUAAACUCACUGUAUAGAAAUAUCCCCCUGGGUUUAUUUUGCCUUAAAUGUCUUCUAUUUGUCUCUUCACUCUUUCUAACUGUUUAGUCAAUCAACCCCUUUGUGGUUGCUUAUGUAUUACUAUAUUAUUGGCUUUUCUGGGUCAUACUUAUUUUAUUAUAUUUUUUAAUUCCCCAGGUGUAUAUGUAUGUGCAUGUAUAUAUACACACACACACACUUACACAAACACACACACACACACUUACACAAACACACACACACACACACACUUACACAAACACACACACACACACACGCUUACACAGAACUCAAUUUCUGUGCAUUUGUAGCCCUUGUUCCAGUAUUUCAGUUAUAUUUGUUACUUUAUAUCACAUUUCUAGCUUCCGAUACAAAGCCUGCUCUAACAAGUAAUACCUUUACUCAGAUUUGCAGUUAUAGGCUAGACAUGCGCCAAACCAAUAAUUAGAAUUAAUCUGACAAUGAAAGCGUUACUUUAAAUCCUAUCUCCGUCGAAUCAGUUACUUUAAAGCUUGAUAAUACUGCGAUGUAUUCACUAAACCAGAAACAUGUAAGAAUGUACAAAGACAUGGCAAACCUUCGGCUGAUUUGGAGACAUUUUCCAAUUUAGCUGUUGUUUUAAAUAUUGUGAUUGUCCCACGUUAGUGGAGUGACCCCCCUAUGUCAGAUAAGUAAAUCUUGGGGUAAAGCGCAGUACAGCUUGGGAUGAACCACACUAACAUUCUACUGUCCCUGGUUUGUCCCAUCACACGGUUUGUUUACUGGAGUUGUGAUUUAACCCCCAGAUUGCUUUGGGAUGGAAACCCAUCUGUUAUUACAGCCAACAUUAAUAUUGUUAACCCAGUCCUGACUCUCCCAGGGGCAGCUGUGGGUGAUGAUGGCGCAGUUGUUGACGUUUCCAAUGAUACAUUGCUGUGUCUGCGUAAAAUUGGAGUAGCAUUGUCGUCAAGUUGCGUCCCCAAAGGUCAGCAAUUGGCACAGUCACAAGAUAUCCCAAGGCCAUGUUCCAUUCCGUUACAUGAUACAUUGUGUAUCUGAAUAUAACAGAAACAUUUUACAAUACAAAUACAGAUACAUUUAUCAUCGAUAUUAAAAUAUGGCACAUCUACAGAACUCCCAGCAUUUCAUAUGUUCAAAGAGAGACACUUUAAUGUUGGGGGGGGGGGGGGGGAGUGGGGUGUUGCCGCUGGCGGGGCUUUACAGAGAUAUUUUAGGUGACUUACUGAUAAUAACAUAUAUAACUAAAUGUAAUUUAGAACAAGAACAAUGUAUUUUAUUUCCACAGACUGAAUUCUAGAAGCCAAAGCCUCACAGCAUCAUGGCCACUACGUUAGCCUGUAGUAGUUAUGGUGCCCUGAUGGAACUCUAGCUGAUUUGUGUGCUACAAGUCUUAUCCCUCUCAGCUGCCCAGAUGUAACAUUUAUAGAAUGAGUGGCUGGGGAUGCUCUCUCCUGGGUCAUUUAUUUAAAUACAGAAUAUUCACUAAAUGCUCAAUUGAUGUAACUGGAAAGUGGAUUCAUAGUGAAGUUAACAUUUUAGAUUAACACAAACUGGAAAUAUUCGCUAAAUCAGCAAUAAUUACCUUUACUCUAAAAUUUGAAAUUCACAGUUACUAAUAGUGAGAGGGUCCUAGCAGUGAGGCCGUGAGUUGCCCAUCUACAGUUCCUUGUGAAAGAGGGCGUCCCGAGGAGCGUCCUGCAGUCCUGAUGACUCUGCCUAGGUGGAUGCAGUAGGUUCUCUGGUGUAGAAUCAGGUUUGAGCCUCUAGUUCCUCAGCACCGCCACCUUGGCUAAGUUGUUAACUGUUUAUUUAAAUUAUUACGGCUGUUCCGUUAUAGUGGUUUAUGUUGCUUGGAUGCCCCCUUUCUGCUGGUGUUAACAAAGUUGUCCGGAGAUGGUCUUUUCCCUCCAGCCUCUUGUCACGUGUUAUUUGUUGGGGGGAGAAUUUAUGGGAGGGUUUGCGUGGUUGGGAGUUUAUUAAAGGUUUGAAAUGACCCCUUAUGUUAGCAGUACCAGUCAUUAAUCACAAUGUUUUUGCCAAAUUAGAUGAUUUAGGAGGAUUCACAAUUAAGGGAUUCUUCCAUCUUGUCAAGAAUGGAUAUAAAUGUGGGCAUAACAAAUAUAGUGCAUUUAGACUAUACUCUGGGAUUCCAUCAGGUGACAAAUUAUAUUUAUUUGACCAUGUUUGUAUGUUUCUUUUUAUGUCCGUUCUCCCAGUUGCCCCCAUUCCACCUCUCUCUUUUUCCAGCCUCUCUUUUCUUUCUCUCUCCCUGUAUCUCUUUCUCUCUCCGUUAUAUCUGUAUUUGAGAGAAAUAUUGAUUUCUGCUAUAAAAGUCUUGUCAGUGUCAGCUGUUUUGUAAACCCUUCAAUCUGUGUCCUUCAAUGCAGGGAUGUGGUGCAUGUCCUAUAUUAAAUAGCCUCCUUGCUGUGAAUUAUUUUUACAGAAUAAAUCAAUAGAAAUUGUUUGGGUGCAGGGAUAGCCCUUAGCAAGUAUCUGCUAGACGAACAUUGAUUGAAUUUAUUGUUACGCAGGCAAUACACUGCCAAGGUCACCCUCCAUGGCACAAUGUUUGUAGGACAAGCAGGCUGCUUCUGGAUGGACUUUCUAUAUUAACACGGUCUUAUUGCAGAGGGAGUAAUGUAACCUUAAAGUGACACUCCGGGCACCAAUGCAACUUUAAUACAUUUGAUAGAUUGUUGGCCUCAUUAAUAUCCUGUAUUUUUUUGUAUGCUCGACUCUUUAUAGUUUUUCCACAAAAAAAUAAAUGUUUUGCAGAAUGUAGCACAAUAAGUCUGCCUCCUUAGCCAUGCCCACUCAUGCCAGAAAUACUUCCUUAUCAAAUGUAUGUACACAGCUCACCCCCGACAGUACUGAGUGAUCUUUUGUUAAUUCACAACCUGGCUGCAGACAGUCAGAGAAACUAAGAACAGGUAGUUAUAUUCUUACUAUAUGUCCCCCUGUGUGUCCUCUACUUCUAAUGCAGGGUGUUUUUUAGUUAAGAUCACUUAGAGUUGUCAGUGGCUGUGUACAUACCACAAUCAGGAAUUAUUUUUCUGGCAUGAGAGGGUGUGGCUAAAGAGGCAGGCUUAUUGUGCCGUAUUCUGCAAAACAUUUAUUUUUAUUUUAUGCAAAAACAAUAAAGAUAGAUUUGAGAAUGCAAAUUAAAAUAAAAUACAGCAUAUGUAUUAGGUCAAAUCCUAAUCAAAUGCAUUAAAGUAGCAUUGGUGCCCGGAGUGUCCCUUUAAGUCAAUAACAGUUUUAAAUUCAGAACAUUCUUGGGUCGCUGGUUUUCAGACUUCUAAAUGUGCAGUAUCACACGGUGCGCCUCCACUGCUGGACAAAUUUUUUUAAUUAUUCCAAUAAUUCAUUCUACUCUGUUACAGCCAGGAGAGAGUUAUAAAUUCCUACUUUAAAUUAAGGCACACGGCAUCCGUGCCAUCUGCUGAGCACAGAGUGAUGUACGCAUCGUUUUAAUUGAAAAUCCCUCUGAUGGAAUUUGUUGUGUGUGUGUUACAUGACUUUCCCAGAUGUUUUACAAAAAAAUAAGGAUGUUGCAUAAGUUUCCUAAUUCUGGAAAAAUAUUUCAUAACAGCCUUUAAAUAAAAGUUUGGUUAUUUUGUAACGCAUGAUGGUUCAACCUGUCAUUUUGUUUCCAUAUUAGCUUUCUAAUUGGCUUAUAGGGAUUUAUUAAUUAAAACAUUAACUUUUGGGAGGAAUUAGAAGGGUAUUGCACAUUUGUAAGCCAAAGUAGUUGUGGCCUAAAUAUUUCACUUCACAAUUCCACAUUUGAUGAAUACAACUCACAUGGCUAUUCAUUAGUGAGAAUUCAAAGUGAAAUUAAAGGAACACUCUGCACACUUUAUCGAAAUGAAGGAGGUCUGUGGCACUUUCUUACAUGAAAGGUUAAACCAUUCUUAAAUGGUUUAACCCCAAAGUUUGCCUCCGGCACCGGACUUCUUCAGUUGUGUUACAGGAUUCAUGGAGUGCUGCCAGGCAGGAGCAUUGCUGAAAUGUUUUUUGUAUGAAUGGGGAGGUACUGAUUGGCUCAGAGUAUCAACUAACCAUUCUAGCCAAUCAGCAGCGCCUCUGCCCGGCGGCACUCCAAGCUUCCUGAAACACAAUAGAAGAAGCUGGAUGCCAUUGAGGAGAGAGAGAUCCAUCGCUGGAGGAGAACUUUGUAGUUUGUUCGAGAGCGGUGUAACCCCUUCAGGUUAGAAAGCACCAGUGACCCCGUGGCAUUUCUAUGAAGUUAUUAUGGUGCCCAAAGUGUUCCUUUAAGGUCAAAAUAGCCCAAAUAAAAAAUCCUCUAAGUCACCAUUUAUACUUAUGCCUCCCACCCACCACUCUUGGGUGGGGGCCAUGGGGAGGACAAUAGGUCCCCCCCAAUUGUCUGUAAGGGUCCCCACCCACCGCAAUUGGGUGAGGAUCUGGGGGGGACAUUAUUUAAUUAAGGUCCCCCCAUUUAUAUUAAUAGCCCCCACCCGCGGGGUCAUGAGUUGAGGUGCGGGUGGGCACUAUGCCCCCCCCUUUUGUUAUUUUGGCGCAGUCACUAGUUGUUUUAAAUGGGUAGGGGCCUGGGGGGACACUAGGUCCCCCCGUUUAUAUUAAUAGCCCCAUAGGUCACGGACCCCCAUAGGUUUAAAUGGGGGGAGGCUGGUUAGGAAUUAAUAUUAUUUAUUACAAGGAGGGAGCUGGUAGCUCUGCCGGCUCCCUCCUUGCUUUUUUGGGGGGGCGCAUGCACAGUGGUAUUUUCGUCAUAAUGGACGAAAACGAAUUAAUUUUUACCGGAUUUCGUUCAAAAACAAAUGGUUUACGGCCAAAUUUGGAAUGGACAAAUUAAAUUUUUAUUUUACGAAUUAUUUCCUACGAAACGAAAAUUUCACUGGUGAACAUGUCUAAUGCUAACAUCUGGAAGUUGUAAACUAACAUAUAUUAUAAAUUGUACUUUUUUUUUUUUUUAGGUGAGACGGUAUAAUUCAAGACGUUUAACUACAAGACAUUGUAUAACCCUCUCAUUGCUUGUAUUGUUAAUAUAUGAAGCUCAGUAUAAUUACAGUGGUUUAUAUCAGGAGAGUCCUAUUGCAUACCUAAAGUGAGAAGAUCAGAUGCUCAUGCUAUGCAAGUAGGUCUAAUUCCCAGCAGUUUAGAAUACUAGUCAAAUUGAUAUACUUAGGUAAAUGACCGAGUGCGGGUUGAUCUCUGAGCUUUCGGCUAAUUAAGUCCAGUACUGUAGACAAGUUGCUAGCCGGGGCCAGGCAGCUGCGGGCCUCAGCCUAUGCUGCUGAUCCGUCGUAGUGGGUAGUUAAUUUUGUAGUCCGGCGUGGUGUCACCUGUCUCCCUCUUGCUGGUCUGUGUCAGGUAACGGUCCUCAGUCAGGUCCAGCAUGAUCAGGUGAGGCGCUGUUUGGCUGGUGUUCCUCUGUGUGCUCGGUCCCUGUGGACGGGUAUCCGUGCAGAUGCGGUGUUCGGUAGAGUGCCCUCCUCCAGUAUGCGCCCGGAGUGCUGUUUCUGUUGCUGCAGGCCUGGAGACCGCUGAGUGACGAGUGCAGUCUGGGCCCAGAUCUUGCGCCCGGAAUCUGUCUCAGCUGGGUAGAGCCCUGCCGUUCUGGAGGUGGGGGUCCUCCCUUGCCCCGUGUCACAUCAUGCCAUAUUCUGCAGAGAUGUCUGGCCUUGGCUUCUGGUAUCCAGUACUCUUUUUACAAUUCUUGUUUAGUUUUUCUUGGUUUUUCUGGUUUUCUAUUCUAUCUCUGGUUUUCUUUAUGCUGGGUUUUUCUGGGAUCAUUCCUGUAAUCCGUCCCUGGAAUUCCCAGCCUCUUGGUUUCCUUUAAAUGUUUGUUUAUGUUGACACACCCGUUUGUUUUCCAUCAUUCCUUUUGUUUCAGUGUUCCUGCAGGCAGCUGCUCAAGUCUUCUGCCCUUUCUUGCAGGUAAGUGCUAUAUAUGUGUUUCUUAUGGUUCUUUUAGUAUACAUUAGGCAGAGUAGGACCUGCCAGAUAUGGGGUACAUUGGCGUUGUUGGCAGGCUUAUGCAAUGUAUGAUCAUAUAAUAUAACUAAACCCCAUACUUUUCAUAUAGUUAUUUCUCCUCUUGUUUUGCCUAUUAUAUCUUGUCUUAGUUUGUAAUCCCAGUCCAUGUACAAUCCUGUCCUGUCCUGCCCCUGUUUAGUCAAUGGUUCCCUUAUGUAUUGUGUACAUGUUCUGGGUUUAGCUUCCUAUCCUUCUCUGGUUCUGGGUUCUACUAGUUCUGUCUUGUUUUCAUGUUUGGUGACUAUCCUAGCCUUGCCUUGUUUCUGUACUGGAUACAUGUCUGCUGCAGAGCCCCCCUAUCCAGUUCCUGGGAGGUCUGCAUAUCAAGCUCCUAGUUCCUGGGAUCCGAUGUAGCAGGGUUCUGGUAUGUGGCUGCGCAAUCGCUGGAGCUCAACACCAGAGGGCAUGUGGUUACCCUGCACCAGGCCCGGAUAAUCCACUUCCACGCUGAAGACUCCCAACUUCUCAUCAGGCACUCAGGGGUCCCGGUUUCUGGAACAUCACCCGUGACACCCCAGAACUCUGUGGGAGCUGGUGCUUGUAGGCCAUGAGCCUGGGAGCCUGUGUGGCCCAGUGUCGCACCUCGUGGGGUGGUUCAGAGAUGUUUAGCCAGUCGCUUACGUAGUCUCUUUACAACUCUCCGCCAAUGUGGCCGGCACCUCUGGGUCAUGCCCAUUGUUGCUCUCAGUUAGGGAGGGUCCUUGACGUGGGGGUUUAGAGUAGGGGACAUCGAGUUGCCCUAGUGAGUAUCCCCUAUCCUCCUUCCGCCAACGGCUCUGACCUUCGCGGGUGAGUUUCGGUUUGGUGUGUCAGGCUGCAAGCAUGCUGCUAACUUGGCCCAGAAGCAGUCAAAAAUUGAUGCAAUACAAUAUUUUGUGUGAUCUACGGUUUCUGUGUUAGCAUGUGUAACAGAGCUCCCUGUACUCCGACUGAGUACCCUCCAUUGAUGGAUGCUCCUAGUGCUUCCUGAGGACUCCAAGCACUGCAGCAGACACCACAACCACCACAGACUCUGCAACCGCCGUAUCUUGACUGGAGUCUCGCUGUCUUCCUUCCACCCUGGAUCAGCUUCUGUCCUCCAGGACUGUGUGGGAAAGAACUCUUCCUUCCACCCUGAAUGAACCUCCAGCAUCCAGGACUGUGUGGUGAAGACCCCUCCUCCAAGGAGAGCGUGUCAGGAACAAGCUCUUAAAAGAGCUAAGUGACUCAAGCUCAGGGGAGCAUGCAGAGCAUUGCAAUCCCCAGUGUGAUUAUAACAGCUCCCUCCAAUAACAAGACAAGGCUACGUUUAGAGAGAUCAAGAAGAACUGUCAAAACCUUUAUUUCCCUUGGGACCAGCCAAUAGGGUCACCACAAUAACAUUGUUGUGAAACCUCAAUAAAAUCACAAACAGUCAAAUCAUAUCAAGCAACACACAGUGACUUAUCACAACACAAUGGCACAUUUUUAAAGGGGUGGGGGAGACAAUAUUUAACAGAAAAUAUCUCACGUGCCUGCAGAAUUAGCAAUAUGCAAAUCUACCCGAAUAUGCAAAUGAACCAGUCUUGCUAUUCAGGUAGUGCAUAUUGCUGUUGCUACUAACAGAGGGCACUAGACAAGCUCCAUAGCCAAAUCCACCUAGUUGGUAGCAAACCUCAGCAGUACAGGAGAGCAGGCAAUACAUUUCACAGUACACACACACACUAUAAACAAUUACAUUACACACACCCUGCACCUAUAAUGGGUACAGGGUGACUAAAACAUAAGAUAAAUAAAGCAGCCUACAUAAAUAGUCUGUCUGAAGGUAGACUAGGGGCUUUAAAGCCAGAUACAUGAAAGAGUCAUAGUCACAGGGGAGGAGGCUGGCAAGUAGGCCUCUCCAGGACCAAGUGGCGAAGGGCACUUCGUCACAGCAUGCUGUUGCCGUCGCUUGUCCGACACUAUCGUGUCAGAGUGAUCCGCCAUCUUGGUGAUCCCCCUUGGUGCCUGUUGCUUGUUACGGUGCUCGGGGUAAACCCCCAUCAGUCCACGGGGGAGGAGGGAUGAUUGCACGCCGCUCGUUUGGUGUGGUAAGCAUCUGGCGGGAAGGCGGCCGCCCUACCCCGUGCUUCCGCUAGGCCUCAUGUAGCUGCUGCGGUACCCGGUCGAGUUGGGUGACAUGAUUAGUAUCGGCAGGUCUGUGGCUGCUUCCUCUGUUCAAGUAUCCUAUUUGUGGGUAAUUUCCAGCAUGUAAUCUCUUAGUAAUCGUCGAUUUUGGGCCCACACUAUAGUGUGCGACUGUUCAGAGUGCCAGUUCGGCUUGGCCCACCCAAAUCGUACAUUUUUAAGUUUUGUUCUUGUUUUUCAGAGCUGAACAACUCAAUUUGACAAAGAAAAUGACAGCUUUUCCUGUCUUCCUGUUGGGGCUUUUGCUUGGCCUCAGCGAAUCGCUGCUUUCUCCAGAACAGCUGAAAGGUAAGUCAAACUAAUAAACAAAUAAAAUAUAUAUACUGAAUAUAUUGCGGUUUGUGGAUUAUUUUCUUACUACCAGCUGUGAAUGGCAGGACGUACUGUCACAGGGACUGGAAAACCUUUUAAUGUAUAACAGAAUAUAUACAUUAUAUAAACCCUGCGCUCAAGCUCCCACUGCUCAUUGAGCAGCAAUGGCUACAGUAUUCACCAGCCCAAAUACAAAGUACAACACCAAAAAUAAAGUAUCCCAAAUCUCGCUUAUAUAAAUGUCAGGAGGUUUUACGUUCACUCCAAUGCCAAAUCAAGGCAAAAUCUCUUCAGUGAGUCCUAAGCUAAGAAGUCACCUUUACCAAAAUCUCUAAUGAGACAGAGAGGGGUAUUUUUAUAGGGCUAAAUAAUAGGGAAUAAUAAUAAUAUUAAUAAGGAAUAAUAAUAAUAGUCUGAGACUGACAAGGAGGCAAAUCAGGGGCAGAGCCAGCACAAGUCAAAAACAGCCCUGGCCAAUCCGCAUCUCCUCAUAGAGAUACAUUGAAUCAACGAAUGUCUAUGAGGAAAGUUCAGUGUCUGCAUGCAGAGGGAGGAAACACUGAAUGGCAGUAUGGCUCAGUGUGCAGCACUGCCAGUGGCGUCGCUGGGGGGGGGGCAGAGGUGGCCAUGCCCCCCUCCUACAUCAUGCUGUGCCUAUUCCCUUGGGCUGUACCUGUAACAGUCUGUGACAGCCCGAGGGAAUACAGAAGAGAGGAGAUGGAACAGUGCUGGGUGUUUUCAGCAGCUUCCCUGGCACAGGCCCCACCCCCAAAAUAAGCCCGCCCCGCACAUAAGCCCUGCCCUGCCGUUAAGCAGCAGACCAUGCUGCUGCUGGAAAGGCCAGAAGAUGUAGGCUUGAUAUGCUCAGGUGUGUGUCUGUGUCUGCCAGUCUGCCUGCCAGUGAGGAAGCUUGUGUGUGUGUCAGUGUGUGUGUGUGUGUGUGUGUAUGGACUCAGCAGUCUGUAUGUGUGUAUGGACUCAGCAGUGUGUGUGUAUGAACUCAGCAGUCUGUAUGUGUGUAUGGACUUAGCAGUCUGUGUGUGUAUGGACUCAGCAGUCUGUCUUUGUGUGUAUGGACUCAUCAGUAUGUGUGUGUGUUUGUGUAUGGACUCAGCAGUCUGUGUGUGUGGACUCAGCAGUCUGUGUGUGUGUGUGUGUAUGGACUCAGCAGUCUGUGUGUGUGUGUGUGUUUGGACUCAGCAGUCUGUGUGUGUGUGUAUGGACUCAGCAGUCUGUGUGUGUGUGUGUGUUUGGACUCAGCAGUCUGUGGCUGUGUGUGUGUGUGUGUGUGGACUCCAGCAGUCUGUGUGUGUGUGUGUGUGUAUGGACUCAGCAGUCUGUGUGUGUGUGUGUGUGUGUUUGGACUCAGCAGUCUGUGUGUGUAUGGACUCAGCAGUCUGUGUGUGUGUGUGUGUUUGGACUCAGCAGUCUGUGUGUGUGUGUGUGUUUGGACUCAGCUUGGUCUGUGUGUGUGUGUAUGGACUCAGCAGUCUGUGUGUGUGUGUGUGUAUGGACUCAGCAGUCUGUGUCCGUGUGUGUGUGUAUGGACUAGGCAGAUCUGUGUGUGUAUGGACUCAGCAGUGUGUGUGUAUGGACUCAGCAGUCUGUCAUGACAAUGGACUCAGCAGUCAUGUAGUAUUAAUACAAUGGAUUCAGCAGUCUGUAUGUGUAUAGGACUCAGCGGUUUGUGAGGUGUGUGUGUGUGGACUCAGCAGUCUGUGUGUGUGUGUGUGUGUGUGUGUGGACUCAACUUGGUCUGUGUGUGUGUGUGUGUGUGUGUGUGUGGACUCAGCAGUCUGUGUGUGUGUGUGUGUGUGUGGACUCAUGGUCUGUGUGUGUACGGACUCAGCAGUGUGUGUGUAUGGACUCAGCAGUCUGUGUGUGUGUAUGGACUCAGCAGUCUGUCUGUGUGUAUGGAGUCAGCAGUCUGUCUGUGCGUAUGGACUCAGCAGUGUGUGUGUAUGGAGUCAGCAGUCUGUCUGUGCGUAUGGACUCAGCAGUGUGUGUGUAUGGACUCAGCAGUCUGUCUGUGUGUAUGGACUCAGCAGUCUGUCUGUGUGUAUGGACUCAACAGUGUGUGUUGUGUGUGUGUGUGUAUGGACUCAGCAGUAUGUGUGUGUGUGUAUGGACUCAGCAGUGUGUGUGUGUGUGUGUGUGUGUGUGUGUGUGGCCUCAGCAGUGUGUGUGUGUGUGUGUGUGUGUGUAUGGACUCAGCGGUCUGUGUGUGUGUGGACUCAGCAGUGUGUGUAUGGACUCAGCAGUCUGUAUGUGUGUAUGGACUCAGCAGUGUGUGUGUGUGUAUGGACUCAGCUUGGUCUGUAUGUGUGUAUGGACUCAGCAGUCUGUGUGUGUAUAUGGACUCAGCAGUCUCUGUGUGUGUAUGCACUCAGCAGUCUGUGUGUGUUUGUCUGUAUGGACUCAGCAGUCUGUGUGUGUGUAUGGACUCAACAGUCUGUGUGUGUGUGUGUGUGUGUGUGUGUGUGGACUCAGCAGUCUGUGUGUGUAUGUGUGAGUGUGUGUGUGUGUUUGGAUUCAGCAGUGUGUGUGUGUCUGUGUGUGUAUGGACUCAGCAGUCUGUGUGUGUUUGGAUUCAGCAGUAUGUGUGUAUGGACUCAGCAGUCUGUAUGUGUGUAUGGACUCAGCAGUCUGUGUUUGUGAGUGUGGAUUUCUGCAGUAUGUGUGUGUUUGUGUGUAUGGACUCAGCAGUCUGUGUGUGUGUGUGUGUGUGUGUGUGUGUGUCUAUGGAUUCAGCAGUCUGUGUGUGUGUGUGUAUGGACUCAGAAGUCUGUAUGUGUAUAUGGAUUCAUCAGUCUGUAUGUGUGUAUGGACUCAGCAGUCUGUGUUUGUGAGUGUGUGUGUGGACUCAGCAGUCUCUGUGUGUGUGUGUGUGUGUGUGUGUGUGUGUGUAUGGACUCAGCAGUCUGGAUGUGUGUAUGGACUCAGCACUGUGUGUGUAUGGACUCAGCAGUCUGUAUGUGUGUAUGGACUCAGCAGUCUGUGUGUGUAUGGACUCAGCAGUCUGUUUGUGUGUACAACUCAGCAGUCUGUAUGUGUGUAUGUAUUCAGCAGACUGUAUGUGUGUAUGGACGCAGCAGUCUGUGUUUGUGAGGGUGUGUGUGUGUGUGUGUAUGGACUUAGCAGUCUGUGUGUGUAUGGACUCAGCAGUGCGUGUGUAUGGACUCAGCAGUAUGUAUGUGUGUAUGGACUCAGCAGUCUGUGUGUGUGUGUGUGUAUGGACUCAGCAGUCUGUGUGUGUGUAUGGACUCAUCAGUGUGUGUGUAUGGACUCAGCAGUCUGUAUGUGUGUAUGGACUCAGCAGUCAGUGUGUGUGUGUAUGGACUCAGCAGUGUGUGUGUAUGGACUCAGCAGUCUGUUUGUGUGUAUGGACUCAGCAGUCAGUGUGUGUGUAUGGACUCAGCAGUGUGUGUGUAUGGACUCAGCAGUCUGUAUGUGUGUAUGGACUCAGCAGUCUGUAUGUGUGUAUGGACUCAGCAGUCAGUGUGUGUGUAUGUACUUAGAAGUCUGUGUGUGUGUAUGGACUCAGCAGUCUGUGUGUGUGUGUGUGUGUGUGUGGACUCAGCAGUCUGUGUGUGUGUCUGUGUGUGUAUGGACGCAGCAGUCUGUCUGUGUGUGUAUGGACUCAGCAGUCUGUCUGUGUGUGUAUGGACUCAGCAGUCUGUGUGUGUGUCUAUGGAUUCAGCAGUCUGUGUGUGUGUGUAUGGACUCAGCAGUCUGGGUGUGUGUGGACUCAGCAGUCUGUGUGUGUAUGGACUCAGCAGUCUGUGUGUGUGUGUCUAUGGAUUCAGCAGUCUGUGUGUGUGUGUAUGGACUCAGCAGUCUGUGUGUGUGUGGACUCAGCAGUCUGUGUGUGUAUGGACUUGGCAGUCUGUGUUUGUGUCUGUGUAUGGACUCAGCAGUCUGUGUUUGUGUCUGUGUGUGUAUGAACCCAGCAGUCUGUCUGUGUGUAUGGACUCAGCAGUCUGUAUGUGUGUAUGGACUCAGCACUGUGUGUGUAUGGACUCAGCAGUCUGUAUGUGUGUAUGGACUCAGCACUGUGUGUGUAUGGAUUCAGCAGUCUGUAUGUGUGAAUGGACUCAGCACUGUGUGUGUAUGGAUUCAGCAGUCUGUAUGUGUGUAUGGACUCAGCACUGUGUGUGUAUGGAUUCAGCAGUCUGUAUGUGUGAAUGGACUCAGCACUGUGUGUGUAUGGACUCAGCAGUCUGUAUGUGUGUAUGGACUCAGCACUGUGUGUGUAUGGAUUCAGCAGUCUGUAUGUGUGAAUGGACUCAGCACUGUGUGUGUAUGGAUUCAGCAGUCUGUAUGUGUGUAUGGACUCAGCAGUCUGUGUGUCUAUGUGUGUGUGUGUGUGUAUGGACUGUAUCAAGGGAAAUGUUUUUGUUUUUUAAUAAUCCUUGGUGGAAAAUAAUGAAUUCUCCACCAGGGAUUAUUAAAAAAGCCCAGCACAUUGUGUUUGGGGCGGGGCUUAAUAUGUGGCAGGGGCGGGGUUAAAUGUGCCCCCCUAAAAAUGAAUCCUAGAGACGCCACUGAGCACUGCCCCAGGAAGGAUCUCUAACUGCCAUCUGAGGAGUGGCCAGUGAAGUUACCACUAGGCUGUAAUGUAAACACUGCAUUUUCUCUGAAGGUAAUGAUUCUACUCACCAGAACAAAUUCAAUAAGCUGUAGUUGUUCUGGUGACUAUAGUGUCCCUUUAUUAAUGAAUAACCGUGAAGUUACAUUUUUCUUCAUUCCUGUACUAUGCUACCUAAUCAUCUACUGACAGUUUAAGUGGAAGUAGUCCUUACAAAGUGUGAUCUUUCUCCAGCCCUCAAAUUGCUCAAAGUUCCCGAUCAGUUAGUUACAGUUUUUUUGCUUUGGUGUUUUUCGACAUUUUUAACACAGUAAUCAAACUUUUCGCAAGUCAUCUCUAAGUUUCAACUGAUUUCAGAGAUGGCUGAGUUGAUAAAGUAACAGCUGUAUGAGAAGUGAUAUAUUCAUCAGAAUACUGCGACUCGGAAACUCAGACUGUACAGCCGAGAUUAUAAAGCUUAUAUUUUCACCUAGAAAAAGUCCACACCUAGUGUUACUAAGCUACAAUUUGACUUUUAAAGGAACACUAUAGGGUCAGAACCCUUUAGCCCCCUUAAAAGAUAAGAAAACUUACCUAAACUACAAUAAGCUGCAGUUGUUCUGGUGACUAUAGAGUCCCUGUAACGAAAGCAAUAAUUUUUACUUACUCUCACUGGAAUACAUCUAACGCUGAGCAUAAACUCUGUACUGUUAUGUGCCUGUUCUAAUUAUCCAAUAUAAACCAACAUACAAUUUACUGCUACCCUUGUGACAACGUAGAGGUGACUUAGGUCUGAAAGCCGCAACAUAUUAAAACGUUAAUUUGAGAUGUUUGUAUUUUUCAUAAUUUAUUAAAUCAAAAAUGCUUUCAGUGCAAAUAAACCUGAUGCCAUUAAACACAUAAACAGUACAUAGAGCUUCUAUGUAAGGAAGUGUACAGGUGAAAUAUUUAAUAUCAAACAGCAACAAUGUAUGUAAAUAGACAAGAUCACUAGAACCCCAACAGUCCACAGCACAAGGAAAGUCCAAAAGAUAAUAAUAAACUUCACAAUCCGGCAAAGUAUAUCAACUGGGUCAACGCCUGAGUAGCUGUGGUACCUGGUGAAUGACAACCCAAAUAUCCAGAAUUUAGGUAGUCCGCAACAGGGUAUACGGGGAGUCUUACAAUUAGCAAGGAGAAUCUGAUGGUGUAGGUAUCAGUAUUACACAUUUCUCCCCCGAAGGACUUUCUCAGAAGAUAAUAUUUGCAUAACUUCUAGUGAGCAGUAUAAAAUCUAUUCAACAAACCACCAGUGCCAAGAAACAUAGUAGAUUAUAAGAAUACCUUUACAUAUUCACUGUAUCUAAUUCCUCAUUACAUCAGUCUAGUUAAAAUAUCCAUCUAAAUUCUGCUGCCAGUAGUCUCUUGGGUCUGUCUGCAAGUAGAAUACUAGAUAGUAUCCACUCAAUACCCAAAAUAUUAAUAGGAGCUGGAACCCCCGAUGAUAUUUUAUUACAGGGAUGCACUCAGCACCAAAAGACUAAAUCUUGGUGAAGUGAUUUUGGUGCAAAGAUACAGCCCUUUAUUUGGAUAAUAUAAAGCUUUGCCACUUCGGAGAAACAGCUGUUCUUCCUUAAGACUUUUGAUUUUCCUUCGAAGAGGAUAAACUUUUUCCAUUCAUCUUUAUAAAAUCAUUAACAUCAUUAAUCCUCUCAUGGAACAGACAAUCACUGUAAUUAUUCACAUGCACUUGGCUGCUGUCUCCCAAAAUGUAUGUUAUAUAUGACAUUCUUGUACCUUUUAGGUUUAGUAGAUAUAUCUAAAACAAAGCCCAGCUGUAGGCCUUCAUAGUGCACAAUUAUUUUAUUCAAACUCAAUAUUAAAAUCCAAGUGUGAUUCUAAAAUCAAGAUGAAUGCCUUCAGAUUAGAUACUAGCUGUCAACAAAAGUACACUUUAAAUGCUCAACCGUAUAUGAUAGCGCUCCCUGUUAGUGCCCCCCCCCCUCCCCCCCGCACUGUUUGCAGCUGUGCACCAAGCCACUUCAGCAGGUUACGGUAUGGACUCAUGUGUGGUGCAAGGACUACAUAAAAAAUGAAUUCCGUUCUACAAGAUACUAGAUACCUUUAAUGACGCACUCUCGUAUUGCCCCAAGUCUAAUAUAAUACUUCUUAUGAUUAUUAAUAGAAAAAUAAAGCACUAGCAAUUCAUAUUUAUUGAUUACAUCAUUCUUUAUUUUUAUUAUACAUAUUACAUAUAUAUAUAAAUCGACUAAAUAUUGUGUGCUUCAUUUUACGUAAUCAAGAGUUAAAUUGAUUAAUCUAUAUUUAUGUAAAGGAUGCUAUUACAUGCUAACUCUUGGAAAUAUAUUUAGUACUGGCUAGAUUAAUUGUUAAAAAGCUAGACAAUAUUAAAUUUAAACUAAUUCAAACUAUUUUUUUUAUUAUUUUAAAAAAAUAUACUACCCCCAAAAAUAUAUAACUACCGUAAUAAAAAAAGAAGAAAUUAUUAAAUGUUCUCUUUGUUUUUACCUAUUGUUUAAUAUCAAUCUUUUAAAAUAUAUAAAAUAUGUUGCUACAAGGAAAGAAAGAGACUAAUAUAAUAAUUAAAAAAUGAAAAAAACUUAAAAAGACUAAAAAUAAAUAAUAAUGUAACCAUUACCCCUCCUCGUUUAGUAGGUGCAACCAUUACCCCUCCCCGUUUAGUAGUUGUAACCAUUGCCACAUACCUUUCAAGAACUCGAACCUAGGAAGACACACAAGUCCCCUUAAAGACAACACAAGGCUGGUUGUCGGAAUUAUUCAUUGUUACAACUAUAACAAACACAAUAUGGGACAUAAAUCCCCCUUUUAAGAACUAUAACCAGAACUGAAAUAUUGUUAUUAAUCGAUAUUACCAUAUUGAUGGCUAGUUUGGACAUCAAUGCAUUUUGAAUGGUGCUACAGAUCAUUUGGUAAAUAUGUAGAUUCAAGUGUAUAGCAUCCACUUACAUCAUUAAAUUGCAUAAUUCAUAUAAUUCACUCCAGUUACAUAACAUUUCGUUAAUAGAGCCCAUCCCUCGCUCAGUCAGUGCUAACGUGUAACAUACGUGUUCUUCAUUAGAAUGUUGAAGAAAACUGUGCUGAUAUAACAAUCCCAAAUUUAACUUCCUGAAGUCAAGGCACUUAAAGAUGGAGCAGUGGAAUGGACCUUGUUAAAUCAAUGGCAGCAAAGACCACCUUCAGUUGAUGUGCUACAUAUUCCAUCAUUCUCUGCCACCUGCAGGGACAUGUACAAUAUUUUUAGACAUUUCUUUGAAAUAUUAAAAUUCUCUUGUGUUAAAAUUUUAGGAUAAAUAUAAAUUUACGAAUCUCUUAAAAUGUAAAUUAUGACUUUGCAUUAUGAGAAACAUUAACCAGUUUCUUGUCUCGACCUGUAGACAUGUCAGUGCAGGGCAGUAAAUACAUCACCGAACAGUUUGAAAAUGCAAUAAAUGGUGUGAAAAAUAUGAAAGUUCUCAUGGACAACACAGGGAAAGAACACCAGGAGAUUCUGCACAGUCUGGAGGAAACCAAAAAGAAUAAAGAGGUAAUAGCAUUAUUAGUAAGUGAUUAUUUGGGUCUUUGCAAUCUAGUCAUUAUUAUAUAAAUCAGGUUCUGUGUAAACUGAUGCAACUAAUUAAUGUCCUUUUUAACUGUGAAAUUAAACUACUUUGGGGUAUUUUUAUAUCUUUGGAAAUGCUUUUUAAAUGUUUUCAUAUUUUUUUAUAUAUUUUCAAAACUAUUUUUUUUUAAUACUAUUGAAAUAUCAAAAAUAUAUCAUAUAAAAAUAUAUAUCAAAAUAUUUUCAAAAUAUAAAAUCAAUUUAAAAGUUCUUCCACAAAUAUUAAAUAAUUUGAAAAGCUUAUCCAAAAAUAUUAACUUGUGGCCUAUAUUGGAUAUUGGGUAGCACUAAGCAAACUGUCCUGCACCCUCUCUACAUUACACUUAGUAGCCUGCCUUUAUGUACCUGGGGAGUCAAAUGGAGGGAUAAUGCCAAGGGACACCAGGCUCUAUAGACAAUUCAAUGAGAAGAAAUGGUUAGAGUGCUUGCAGUGACACUUCGGGAAUGAAAACAUCUGAGAUUUAAUAUCUCAUAAAGUUAUUUAUCUUUUGUCUUUAUUUAUUCUGUGCAAGAUUAUACACGUGCAUUAUCUGUAUGCACACGUCAGAGGUUAUAGACAGUAUGUAUAUGGUUUGAUGUUGUAUAGUGCAUGUGUUGUAUUUUGUUACCCUGUAUAUCCAAUAUAUAUAUAUCUAUAUGUAAAGACCAUAUGUGCAGGUUCUGUUGGAACACUGUAUAUCUGUGUAGUAAGUACAGGGUAAAUACACAUUGAUGGUGCAUGCAUGGUCUGUUUGAACAAUGUAUAUGUGUGUAGUAAGUACACGGUAAAUACACAUUGAUGGUGCAUGCACGGUCUGUUUGAACAAUGUAUAUGUGUGUAGUAAGUACACGGUAAAUACACAUUGAUGGUGCAUGUAUGGUCUGUUUGAACAAUGUAUAUGUGUGUAGUAAGUACAGGGUAAAUACACAUUGAUGGUGCAUGCACGGUCUGUUUGAACAAUGUAUAUCUGCUUCAUCUUUUGUUCCAAUCUGUGUAUAUCAUUGUCUGUGGUCAUUCCCAGGAAGCUCUCAGGAGAGCUUUAGAUUCAGAGCAGCAACUUACGGAGAAGCAGGAGGUUUGCAACGAGACCAUGCUCGCCUUAUGGGAGGAAUGCAAACCAUGCCUCAAACAGACAUGUGUACGAUUUUACUCUAAAACAUGUAGAAGCGGCUCGGGUCUUGUAGGACGCCAGGUGAGUUCUAAGAAGGAGAUUUAUUUGAAAUUGUUUUAAUUUUCUAUGCUGUUGCAGGAAAAUAACAGUAGAAUAAAAUUACUCUCUGACUUAUCUGAGUUGGCAGAAAAAAAUGGCUGAAAAAUAAGACUCUGAUUAGAUCAAACCCUCCCCCCCCCCUCAGAAACCAUAGAAAACGCAACGCCACUAAGGAUUUACUAGAUGGUGCUAGGAGUAAGAGCCAGCCUUGUGGUGUUAAUCCUGCAGGCAAUAAUACCAUAUGUGUGUUCCCAGUUCUCACACUGUGUCAGUCAGGUUACCUAGCAGAGUCUCACUGGGCAAGUGACCUUUUCAAGAAGAGCUGAAACGGGGAGUUGCACGUAGAGAUUUAUAUUCCAAAUUUAAAUUGCUUAGGAAAUAAACUUGAAAUAGCAUUACAGAAUCCAAGUGGAUAAUAAUGAUCUAAGACUAAGACGAAAUAUAGAUAGAUAGUAUGGACGGUGGAAUGUUAAGUUGUAUAUGAAUAUUGCACCACCCAGAAAGAAGCCUUCUCACGUGUGUAGUCCCAUGUUAUUUGCCGUGAUCUCCCCCAGGGGACAUGUUGGCUGUAUGGUGAUGCCAUGGGAGAAGGAUAUAUACUUUCCAGAAAUUCUUCCAUCUUGUAACCAGUCAGAUUCCUUUAUUGGUAAACCAAUGGGAUUAAUGGGAAAUCCUGCCACCUGGCAGAUCCUCUUUUGGUAAACCAAUGGGAUUAAUGGAAAAUGCUGUCACCAGUCAGAUUCCUUUAUUGGUAAAACAAUGGGAUUAAUGGAAAAUCCUGUGAGAUCAUUGGAUCCUCCACAGAUCUUCUUGCACAUGGGCAAUGAGAUAAAGUUAUCAUAUAUUGAGCACCACCCAAGAACCUGACUCUUCCAUAAAAAAAGAUGUGACACUCUGUCCUGAUAUAUAUCACAUUAGACGUGGAAACGUUUGUCUGUCAGGAAGUUCUGGUGUUUUUAUUACUGUUGAUACUCUGGUCCCAGAGCAUGGUCCCUCGUGGCUCCAUAUACUACUGUAUUCUUGGAGAAGUGUUAAAACAACAUGUUCCUAUAUUGGAUGUUAUUAGCCAUUAUGGGUGUAUAAUGUGUGAUCAUGUUUUUUUUUUUUAAUUUACUCAUGUAUAUGAUUUCAUUGCAGUUUGAAGAAUUCUUAAACAGAUCUUCUCCGUUUACAAUACUGAUUAAUGGAGAGAAGAUAGACGCACUCACUAAGGAGGACGAGGAACAGCACAUGACCCUUGAAGAUCUGGAGGAUGGCUAUAGCGUUGUGGAAGACAGCGUGGAUAAGAUCUUUCAGGAUAGCAUCAAAGCUUUUGGACAAAUGAGACAGAUGUUUAAUAGUCCCUUCCAUAGAAGUUUCUUGGAACCCCAAUGGAACCCGUUCCCUAUCCAGCGUUUAGGUUUCCCAUUUUCAGGCUCAGAAAGACGCAGGGAAAGGUCUCUGCAAUUUAACCCAUAUUUCACUGGAAAUUUUGAGUCACUGUUUGAAGCAGCACAGAAAAUGAUGGAGAGAAAUCAUCACUUGGCACAUAAUGGGAUGAUGUGGAAUGGAAGAGAAGGUAAUGGAAUGGUUACUUUGUGACCACAGUGCUAAAAGAUUUCAAUAUAUUGACAUAGGCAGGCAGAGACAGCCAGACCACUGAUACCAUGUGAAGGUGCAACCCCUUUCUUGGUGUUUUGGUUCCUUGGGGGUGCUCUAUUUGAGGGUGCUGGCAGGUGGGAAACUAAUCACAGCCAAAAAGUUCAGGCCAACUUAGCACCAAAACAAACUAAGUUCUACAGCCACAAUUAUUUUUUUAAAUAAGUAAUGACUAGAUUUUUAUAUAACACAAUCAAAUCAUAGUUUUAUAUACUACUCAUGCACACAAUUUAUUUUCUGGUUGGUUGGUUGGUAGCACUGUUUAUUCUUGGGUUAUAACUCAGUUUGUUUUGGUUUUUUUUUGGUCAUUUUAUGUAGAAAUUACUCUCACUUUGUUACAGUAUCUUAUCAUGGUUGAACAGUUUCCCUUGACACCUUAAAUUUGUAAAUCUUGUCUGUCAUACGUGCCAAGUAAAUCUAUGAUUAGAAACAUUACAAAAAAUAGCAUUUUAUCCAUUGUAAAAAUAAUUUAAGCAUUAUAGAAAUACUUCUAAGUAGUUUAAAUGCCAAUAUACCAUAACAUUUUUUUAUUUAUUUUUUUAACUUGAUGUUUUUGUACCUUUUUUUUGGCACGUUCUGCGGUGUACUAACCUGUUCACUGCCUUAAUGGGAUUAACCCAGUCCAUGGGACAUCCAUCAUGCAAGGGCUCUCAAGGGUCUACUACAUUACCUACAAACAAUAUAGAGGAUAGGACGUAUAUUUUAUAAGGUUUCUCUGGAUCUGCAAACCUUUCUGCCACAAAACUACAAGUUUAUAGCGAUAUCCAAAUUAAACUUUACAGUUAGAACUUGGCAUUAUUUUUAUGAUAUAUUUAAUGAAUCGAGCAGCAUUUCCCAGGGUUCUGCUGCGAUUUUGCCAUAUCCAAGAUGGUCACCACCUCCCACUGUUGCCGAAAGUCAGUAACAGCAGAGAUCGCAAGACCCCAAUCUUAUUCCCGCCCGAUGUCGCCCAUUUCAGGCUCACUCCGAUGGUUGUGAGUAUUGAUACAGGACGAUCACGUGUAGGAAACCUACAAUCAGUAUUGUACCCAAUCAGGCUUCAUAUAGGAGGGAAAUUAUUCAUUUUAUUGUUCUGCCCUUUAGAUCAGUGCUCACUAUGGCAUCUGAGGAUAGCUUGUUUGUUAUUAUUUUGAGUGAGUCUCUGCUGGUUAAAAAUGUGCUGCUGAAAAUAUUUGUAUAUCACACUUUUGCUAAUUUACUUGGGUUGUUUUUUUUUCUUUUUGUAAAACUUCAAUCGAAAUUAUUAUUAUUAUUUUUUUUUUUUAAUUACAACAGUGCAUUUUGCUCCAAUACUGACCCAAAAAUCACUGGCACUUUUCUUGCUUAGCAAGAGCUGAGAGCAAAACAGAAUCCUUUGAAAAGUGUUAUUAGGAGGUUUGUGCUACUGUGCACAAUCAUUUGUGAGUUUCCAUGAUGCUGGUGCACCAACGGUUCCAUAGGAAUAAUUAAUUUGGAACCACUGAAAAACGAAAAAAGUUGGUGUCAUUGUAUUUUGACUGCAUGAUUAACACACUUCAAAUACUUUAUCAGAAAACCCAAGGGAUGUCACCAUGCAUAGAUAGUGACUAAAGGCUUCAUCUGUCACUUUCUGAGAAUUUCCAGAUACCCUUCAGUUCCUUCAUCUUUGUUCCUCAACGUGUAAUAAAGCUGCAUUGUUUGCCUACAGAUUUAGAACAAAAUCAGGACGUGCCAAUUAUACCACCAUAACUAUCUCCCCCUCCUACUCUCACUUCAGACAGACCUUAAGAAAUGGACCCCAUAUUACAUCUCCUGGUUCGGACGUAUCAAUGCGAUUAAAAUGAAUGCGUUACCCAGGAUACUCUACCUAUUCCAAACAGUGCCAAUUACUCUCCCCAGAGCCUUUUUUAGCUCUAUGACGACUGCCAUCCGCAGAUUCGUCUGGAACUCUCGCCCAACCCGAAUAAAAAAAUCAACCCUGGAACUACCAAAACUAAUGGGAGGCACGGGACUGCCCUCUAUAGAGACAUAUUACCGCACCGCUCACCUGCACAGACUGACGGACUGGCACGCACAACACCCAUUAAAACAAUGGGUGACCAUUGAGCUAGAACAAACCGAUAGAAAAAUACCCUCUAGGCUUUGGCUACAUACAGCCACAUACACUGACCUGCACACCGAGAACCCACUAAUUGACGCAACGCUCCGAGUGUGGAUAGCUAUACGCUACCGACUGCAACUAACAAGUUCUCCUAGCCCCUUGACACCCAUCACACAUAACCCAGACCUGGCCGAUGCUCUAACCCCACAAGACCUAGCCGGCCUCCAGCAGGCAGACUGGAUGUACCUGCACCAAUGGCUCGACACUCAGGGACUUAAACCACUCAGAAACCUCUGCCCAGAUAGACCACCGACGAUACUCGAACAAUUCAGAUACCACCAAGUUAAGACGUACUUCAAGUCCUUACAUGGUCGAGGACACCUGACUAGACCCCUCACCAGCUUUGAACACCUGUGCGUACACCGAACACACGUACACAGAGGUAUCUCCACUAUACAUACCAUACUCAAGACCCAAACUAACGAAGAUGUGGUGCUCAAAUUUAAAGAUCAUUGGGAGAGAGACUCGGGGGAAGCCCUUACCGUGCAAGACUGGGACAAGAUUUACACUCUCACACACAAAUGCUCUAUCAGCUCCAAGUACCAGGAGCUGAACUACAAAAUUUUAACACGCUGGUACAGAACCCCUGACGUACUCAAUCGCAUGAACGUAGGUGCCCCGGACACCUGCUGGAGAUGCGGCUUGCAUACUGGCACGUACUUCCACAUCUGGUGGCAGUGCCCCGAGAUUACCACAUUCUGGGAGAGGAUCAGGGUAGAGAUAAACAAAAUCACAGAUGCGGAGCUAACCCUAGAACCCCUAACGAUACUAUUACACCACACCCCCACACCCGUUAAGACAUAUAAGAAAUCCCUCUUGCUGCCACUACUCAACGCGGCAAAGGCCCUUAUCCCAGUGAUGUGGAAACAGAGGGGGGCGCCUACCCUCCAGCAAUGGGUGACAAGGGUGGAAGAAAUCCACUCAAUGGAGUCCUUAACUGCAGACCUACACGGUAGACAGGAGCAAUGUGCACUGACCUGGUACCCUUGGGAAACAUACCUAGCCAACAGAUUAGCAAACCCAAACACGGCCCCCCAGAGGCCCGCAGUUGACCGACUCAUACAGAGCUAAGCCACCCGGCUACCCCUCCCUCCAAGGUCCCCUACCUCCUGACCCUUUCCCGAGACUGGACAUUGGACAGAACCCCAACGACCGACUCUGACGAGCUCGUAAAUGGGGCUUAUCAAUACGCACACCCACUGUAAUCACAGGUGUAAAACACACAGGAAACCGAGACCCAACCUAGAGCUGAUACGGACAUGAAAAUAUCCCCUCCUGGCCUCCUAGACUGAUACCCAGAGUAUCCUCCCGUAUGACAAACUAUACCGAUAGGCAAACAAAAAUAUACACUAGCAACUGCCAACCCACAAUAGUGGGGAACUUAACCAAAACCAUCACACAUUGCUCUCAACCAGGCGACAAGAUGGCCUUGAAAGCUAAUAAGUGCUGAGUAGUCUGGGGAGGAGUUAAGGCACUAAAAAUAUCUUUUCUCGCUAGCGUGGCCCUAUACCAUGCCCAACAAUAUAUAUAUAUACAUGUCAAGCGACAAAAAGGCUCCUGACACUAUUGGUAUGAAACGUGAAAUGAGAAAUGUAGCGUGUCAGAAAACUUACCCCCCACAGCACCCAGACUAGACACCGAUUCACACCCUACACGUAAAGCGCACACCAUAGGUGCAAUAAACUGCGCAUUGUAGGCUAGUGGGGAUGCGAGACUAGAAACUUGACCUAAAAUAAUCCUACCUAAUGCAUGCGAUGGAAACUAUAGAAAUAUUGUCUGAGAAAACUGUUUUGAGAAUGCUAAAACAAUGGUGACGAAUGUUGUUAAGCUAUUCAGAACACUGAUGUUAAAAUUGACGUUAUACCGUUACUACAUCUUUCCUUGAAAAAAUGAUAAAACUUGAAAAUAAAGAUUGUCAAAAAAAAAAAAAAAAAUCAGGACGUGGGCAUGAAUCGAUGAAUGAGAAUGGGACAAUGGGUUAUGCAGAAGUUAUUUGUUAUCACUCUUACUCGAAUUGUCAGCAAUGUCAUUUUCAACAUGAAGAUAUUAUGAGGAGGACAUGUGUGGUCAUUUUAUGGUAUCAAUGAAUAACUCAGUUUGUUUUAAUAUAGAAACAACCAAUACUGGAUAUUGCAGAACUAGAAAAAGAGCUAUAAAUUUACUAAAGGGGAUAGAAAACAUUAGCUAUACAGAACUGUUAUAAAAAAAAACGCAUUUGUUUUCUUUGAAAAAGGCACCUCAGGGAGGAUAUGACAGCACUAUGCAAAUAUAUACAGGGUCAGUACAAACCGCUGUGUGCUAACCUGUUCAUUAGCAGGAAUAUACAACAAACAAGGGGUCACCCAUUGAGACCAGAAGAAAGGAGUUUUCACUUACAGCAGAGAAAAGAGAUCUUUACAGUAAGAACAAUAAAGAUGUGGAAUUAUCUGCCUAUAGAGGUUGUGUUAUCAGAUUCUACAGAUAUAUAUAUUUUUUAGAUGCUUUGAUGCUUUUUUGCAUAAACAGGAUGUUCAGGGAUAUAAUUGAUAUGCAUUUGAACAGGUUGUGGAUACAAUGAGAAAUCUGAUUGGCAUUUGUCCAAAAACACACCUUAGACUAGAGGCACCUCCUCAUUGAAGACCUUUGUUUUUUGAGAGCCUUAAGUGUUGGUGUCUUCACAUAAAGCAUGAUGAUGGUGAAUGCCACAGAGAAGAAGCAUUGGAUUAACUGUUUCUCUAUGAGAAGUAUUGGAUUGGUGGAAAGUAAUAAUGUGCCAUAGACCAGAGUGCUUCUAUGAGAAGCAUCUGAUUGGACCAGAGAUCAUUAAGUAUGAUGAUCUCACUGAGGGCAAAUUGAGAAUCUAGCUGGUGGUAGAGUAAGCUUAAUGUUUUUUUUUACCUUUUUUUUUUUUUUUUAAAGAAAGAAGAGGCCCUAAACCUAAAACUAGUAAAAGACACAUGUAGCCCCAUGUAGCCAAAGCGCAGCUUAGCGAAAAAAGGACCUUGACAGGGGUUAGGAGGCGGGCUUAGGAGGAAGCGGCUAGGACUGGUGGGUUGUGGGAAAAGGGGUUUGGCUAUUUAAAUAGGUAGCCAUUUUGGAAUGAGCACUUUAAUCUCCUACCUGGUGGAGUUUGUCCCACCCACCCUCCCUAGGAUUUGGUUUUGCGAAUGGGGGUUAUCCCGUUUUGUCACAGCGGUAGGAUAGGGAACUGAAGAAGAGGAAAUAGGCUCCCCAUGAGGAACGUGAUGGACGUGGAAAAUUGUGGUCAUUGGUGGUUGGUAGGUUUUGAGUCCUGGAGAUGGCUCAGAACCUGCGGGGUAGGGGUAUCCGGGCAUAUCCCUGCCGUGUUUACUUUAUGGUUGGCACUUAAAUUUGUUCAUGUUGGAGUAAUGUUGAAAAUUGUUAUAUAUAUAUAUGUGUUAUAUAUGUUGGGGUUUUAUAUUGAAUUUGGGAGUUUUGUCCAAGGUUCCGACGGCCCAUAUGGCGACUAUACACCAGUCAUGUAACUAAAAAAAUAAAUAUAUAAUAGUUAGAGUGUUCCUUUCGCCAGCCCAGAUAAUUUCAUUACAAAAUGUCCAUUAACUCACCGAGUUGUUUUUUACUUCUCAGGAAAUGCUACUGAUGGCAAGAUGGUUUGUCGUGAACUAAGACGCAAUUCAGCAGGCUGUCUUAAGCUGCAAGAGAAAUGUGAAAAAUGCAAGGAGAUUCUGGCAAUCGGUAAAAACGAGGAACGGUUCAGUGGGGUGCACUAAGUGGUUAUAAAUAUUGAUAGAAGUCUGAAUGCUAAUAUCAGCAUAAUUCACAGCAUUGAGAGAUAAGACGAUAGAAGGAGGGGAGGCUGAAGCUGUGUUGUGCUGUUGGUAUGUAUGUUGGUAUGAAUUCCAUCACGGGUAUACUCUUGGCAUGGACGCCAUGUUGGAGUUCAUGCGUAGAGUAUCACCGUGAUGGGAUUUAUGAAGCUCCAAUUCUGCUUUCUGACAUUGUUGUGUAUUGGAAUAUACACUCUGCAUUAGCCUCACUCAAAUAGUUAAAUGCUGUAUCUGUUUCUAAAUAUAUCUACAUAUGUAAUAUGCAAUAAAUAAUUCUAAAUACAUGUUCUGCUUUAGACAGUUAGUGAAUGACUACAAGUAUUUGCGUUACUGCAUGGGGUGUCUUUCAUCACACACAAUGCCAUUGUGUGAUAUUUUAAAUUCUGUCUUUCUUUCUUUCUUUCUUUAUUGAUUAGUUCUUUCUGUAAUGAGCAUGAUUUACAAUAGACAUGUGUUUUUUCAGUGUAGAAUUGUUGUUUUUGAUUAUCUACGGUCCCAAUAUAGGACAACAUAAGAUGUACCCCAUACCUCUCAUUUUUGUUGUUGUUGUUGUUGAUGUGUUCAGACUGCUCCGGAAUAGAUCCAGUACAACAACAUUUAAAGGAGACAUACGUGGACUCUGUGCGCCUAGCAGAAAAAUUCACCAAACAAUACGAUGAUCAGCUUCAGGAAUUCCGGGACAAGAUGCUCAAUACAACUGGUCUGCUGGAACGUCUUAAUCAGCAGUUUGGGUGGGUGUCGAGGCUUGCCAACAUGACCCAAAAUGAGAAGAACGGAAUAUUCCAAAUUGCUACUGUAAGUAAUGCUCUCACCCAAACAAAUCGAAAUAAAAUGCAACUUGUGUGCAAAAAUGUAUUUAUUUCAAAGCCGUCUGGGUCUUUAGAAAGUGUAAGUGUGUAGAUUUUAUUUAUACACAAUUCGUGUUUUCCCUUAAACACCUUAUUGUUGUCUCAGUUUUCCAACUCUGAGAUAACUAAGAAAAUAAGCUUUACAAUAAGAGUCCUGCAUUUCUUAUUGAGUACUGAGGGGUCUUUGAAAACUACCGGGUGUGACUGUUGUAAAGUCUACAUUUUCAGCUGUCCGUGCUGGACCACACAGGAUGUGAUUCACUGCUUCUGGUUAUCAGUUAAUUUCCGUCCAAGACUUUAUACUCUGUCAUGCUGUAUUUUAAGCAGUGUUACAGCUUGCUUGAAACCUUUUUGUAUUACACAGCACAACAGGAUUAGCCGGUGCAUUUUGGAAAUAACAAGAAUCUCGCUAAGUUCUGCAGCCUUGUGAAUAAAAAAAAGUAUAUUUUAGUAUUUUGUUUUUAGUGGAAGUAAUCCAAUGAUCAUAACUGGAUAAAAUACAACAUGCUCAAAGCUCCGAUUAUGUGUAGUGAUAAAGUGAAUUAAUGUUGUGAUCUCAUCUUCAGGUUUAUUCCAAGACUAAAAGUGGAGAAGAUCCCUCUGACACGAAGGUGACAGUUAAGCUCUUUGACCAUGAUCCGUUUACUUUCAUGGUGCCUGGAGAUAUCCCAAUGGAAGAUCCCAAGUUUGGGGAGUUAGUGGCGGCAGAGGCUUUGAAGAGAUAUAAAACAGAAGUGAUGUAAGUUGUGUUAAUGUUCCCCAUGUUUAGCUUCUGAAACCCAGAAUAUCCCAUGGAUUUUAUUAAUUCUUAUCAAUGGUUUUACAUAAAACCACUGGUGGUGCUAGCGACUCGAGACUUUGUUGUUGCGGUAAUGCUGCUCGGACCAUGCAGUUAAAUAAUAUAUCUUUGUUUUUGUUUAGAUCUGUCUGUAUAAGCACCAUAUGCCCUGUGUCGUAUGUUAUGGCUUUGAUUAUGUGGAAUUAUUUCACAGAGGGCACUAUAAAGAAGGCAAAUAACUCAUAAAAUGUAUUAUCAAAUGACAAGCACAAGCUACCUGUAUUCAAGAAGUAACAGUGCUGUAAAAUCUGUUAACAUUUAUAGUAAAGUUAUCAUAUAUUAAAAAUUCAGUUACACUAAACGUAAUAGAUGUUUCUUGAUCUACUGAAUUCAACUCACACAUUUAUAUAGUUACGGUGCUUAUUAACAUUAUUAUCAACAGAUUGUGAUUAAUUUGGGGAAAAUGAACGCGUGCAUGUUAGACAGAAGCUAGAAGCAGACCCACAUUGAUAAUAUGAUAAUAAUAAAUAUUUAAAGAUUAGAGCACAGGCUGCCAUUCAAUCUCCUUGGAAGUACUAGGCCAGUGUUAUAUAGCUAGGACUUGCUGGGAAUUAUGGGUAAUGUAGUUUCCCUAUCACCAACUUGCUGUCUAGUGUAGUCCCCUGUAUAGUUCUAGGAGCUGCUUUGGUAGUUGGAUACAAUGUGUUUUGAUCUGAUAUCGUUCAAUGAUGAUUUGAUAUAAAAUAACCUAUUGUUUCUCUCCUCAGUGAGGCCGCCUGAUGAGAUAUAAUGGAUUCGCUGUAGCUUCUUAAAGAUCCCCAAUCAAUACUGAUUUCUGAUUGACCUCCUGGAAUCAAGCGCUGAUCGAUCCCAAGCCUACUACUGUAUCUUACUACUGCCACUCACUACCAGGGCUGUUUGCUGCUUUUAUUAGGGACCAAAUGAGCUUCCGACUAUUAAAGUUGAUGAUGCGUUGUGCUUUUGUUUUUUACGUAUUUUUGUUCUGCUCCAUAGAGUUAUAAUUACUUACAGAAAGUCAAUUUGAUUACAUUUUAUAGUUUGCCUUUAAUAAAACAAAAAUCCAUCAAUAAGUCACAGAAAAACUGUCCUGGGAGCACAGCUCAGUCUUUGUGUAUAUACAAGGGGUACAUUGAUGGGUAAAUGAGUCAGAGAUGCCGUGGCCUGGCAAAUAUGGGAGUUUUAUGACAGAUGGGAAUCUACCUGUUGGCCACUCUUGUGCUGGAGAGGGGCCCACAGAUGUCUUACACCAGAGCCCUCUCUACAUUAGUUCUGCCAUUGCACAGUAUAGAAUACAAGGCUCUAAGCCAGUAUCCCCAAACACACUAACCGUCCAGGAGUCACACCAAUUCUCUGAGGGUUACAUCAACAGUCCAGGUGAUACACCAGCCAUCCAGGAGUUACACCAACAGUCCAGGAGUUACACUAACAGUUCAGGAAUUACACCAGCAGUUCAGGAGUUAAACCAACAUUUCAGGAAUUAGGCCAACAAUCCACGAGUUACAUCAACAGGUCACAAUUGAGGCAGUUCCUAGUCCUGUUUUGGUGGAAUGCUGACAUACCCUGGACUGUGGGCAUGCCUUGAGGAUUGGUUUGGACACCACUGCUCUAGAAAUAUAAACCACAGACAAAAACACAUCACUUAUAUCAUAACACAAUAAUCCACUUACAUUCUAGGUAAUAACAGUAAGGUAGUGUUCAGUCAGUUCCUUCUUCAUUGGCAUUGAGUCCUCUGUGCAUAGUAAACUGGUGGUUGCAUUGGCCUCAGUAGUAUCUGAUUAUGGCAGCUGCACUCUUCUCUGAGUGACUGAGAACAUAUGGAAUCCAUACACUGUAACCCAGACUCUUCUAUUUGGAAUCCAUACGCUGUAACCCAGACUCUUCUAUUUGGAAUCCAUACACUGUAACCCAGACUCUUCUAUUUGGAAUCCAUACACUGUAACCCAGACUCUUCUAUUUGGAAUCCAUACGCUGUAACCCAGACUCUUCUAUUUGGAAUCCAUACACUGUAACCCAGACUCUUCUAUUUGGAGUCCAUACACUGUAACCCAGACUCUUCUAUUUGGAAUCCAUACACUGUAACCCAGACUCUUCUAUUUGGAAUCCAUACGCUGUAACCCAGACUCUUCUAUUUGGAAUCCAUACGCUGUAACCCAGACUCUUCUAUUUGGAAUCCAUACGCUGUAACCCAGACUCUUCUAUUUGGAAUCCAUACGCUGUAACCCAGACUCUUCUAUUUGGAAUCCAUACGCUGUAACCCAGACUCUUCUAUUUGGAGUCCAUACGCUGUAACCCAGACUCUUCUAUUUGGAAUCCAUACACUGUAACCCAGACUCUUCUAUUUGGAAUCCAUACGCUGUAACCCAGACUCUUCUAUUUGGAAUCCAUACGCUGUAACCCAGACUCUUCUAUUUGGAAUCCAUACGCUGUAACCCAGACUCUUCUAUUUGGAAUCCAUACACUGUAACCCAGACUCUUCUAUUUGGAAUCCAUACGCUGUAACCCAGACUCUUCUAUUUGGAAUCCAUACGCUGUAACCCAGACUCUUCUAUUUGGAGUCCAUACGCUGUAACCCAGACUCUUCUAUUUGGAAUCCAUACACUGUAACCCAGACUCUUCUAUUUGGAAUCCAUACGCUGUAACCCAGACUCUUCUAUUUGGAAUCCAUACGCUGUAACCCAGACUCUUCUAUUUGGAAUCCAUACACUGUAACCCAGACUCUUCUAUUUGGAAUCCAUACGCUGUAACCCAGACUCUUCUAUUUGGAAUCCAUACACUGUAACCCAGACUCUUCUAUUUGGAAUCCAUACGCUGUAACCCAGACUCUUCUAUUUGGAAUCCAUACGCUGUAACCCAGACUCUUCUAUUUGGAAUCCAUACGCUGUAACCCAGACUCUUCUAUUUGGAAUCCAUACGCUGUAACCCAGACUCUUCUAUUUGGAAUCCAUACGCUGUAACCCAGACUCUUCUAUUUGGAGUCCAU